ACGCUCGACCGUCAACUGCCGAAUCGUCUUCGGAGAGAUGCAAAGGUUGCGUGCUCUUCCAUCUUCCCUGAUGGUGGCGGUCAGAAAAUUCCCAAAAAUUUAGGGAGAAAGUAAAGUCUUGGGCGUUGUUCUUCCACUUUCUCUCUCUCCUGUCUUCUUCUUCCGAGUUACCUUCUCUUCUCCUGCUUCCAAUCGAGAUGGUAAAACUUGUUUCAUGGUCCGUCGAUCUUACCAAUCCCUUAUAGAGGCACUGGGCCUUCUCUGUGUCCACCAGAAGCCAUGCCCACUUUCACUUCCAUUGCCCUCGACAGGCUUCUGGAGCUCGACACCACCACCACCAACAACAACAGGGGCAGCCCGAAGAAGAACCAAGCGCCCCCGUCAAGGCCCCCUGUUCCGAUAAAGGCGGAGAGGAGGCCGAUUCCCCUGCCACCUCGACGGAAGGUAGCAUCCGCCACCGCCUUCCCUUCCCCUGCUCUUUACAAGACCCCUGAGACCACCCCCGUCCCGGACUCCCCUUCUUCGUUCCCUCCCUCCCCUUACGUCGUCAAUCAUAAGAGACGCGGUCCUCGCCUCCUCAAGGCACAAAAGAAUGACGUUGAUCGCGUGGGCACCCCCGGGGUGGCGGACAGCGCCGAAUCGAAGGACUCGCGUGGGGUUGGUGGAGAUCCCCUGAAGGGGUUGGACCAAGGCGCUAAUCUUGAUGAUACUUCCGACGCUGGUCCUGCCGUUGUGAACUUCUGCGAUGACCGGGGGAAAAUGGUUAAUGGGCACCUUGGGUGUCUGGCCUCCGAUUCGGAACGAGCCAAUGGGUUUUCUGAUAAUGCUGUGGAAUCUCGUAAUUCGGUUUCUGGUUCAGGAGAUGUGCGGGAAGAGGGUGGUGGUGCAGCCGAUGCGUUGCAGAAGUUUCAGACGUCUAUGAACGGCGAAUUCUUCGAUGCUUACGAAGAGCUCUCCAGUGAUGGUGCGUCCACGCCGGUGCCAAGUUUCUUUGAUCUGGAUAAAGAACUACGAGAGAUACGAAUAAAUCUGUUGACGGAAAUUGAGAGACGGAAACAGGCUGAGGAGGCUCUUAGUCAUAUGAAAAGCCAAUGGGCCAGGGUUGCUGAGCAAUUUUCACUUGCAGGGAUUACAUUUCCUGCAGCUUCAGCCACCGUUGAUGAAAGUGGUGGGCUUGAGGACCUUGGUCCUAUUGAAAACCUUCAUAACCAGAUCUUUGUAGCAAGAUUUGUAUCAAAUUUGAUCGGAAGGGGCUGUGCUCGUGCUGAAAUAGAGCAGGAAAUGGAAUCUCGAAUUGAAUCUAAGAAUUUUGAGAUCAGUAGACUAAAGGAUAGGAUUCAAUAUUAUGAAGCUGUGAAUCACGAGAUGUCUCAAAGGAAUCAGGAGGCUCUAGAGAUGGCCCGGCGAGAGCGGCACAGAAGGAAGCGUAGGCAAAGGUGGAUUUGGGGUUUGAUAGGCGUUGCUGUUUCAGUGGGCACCGCAGGUCUUGCCUUGAACUCUUUCACUAGUAGCAAUGGGAAUUUGAGAUUCAUGCCAACCUUUGACACUCUUGAUAGUGCACUAGAGAAGGAGGAGGGUGCUUGAUUUCUUGUACAGAAGCUCUUGGUUUACUCAAAUAAUUUGCUCCAAGGAUGCAAUUUUGGUUAUUUUUCCUGUGCUGCUAAGGCGCAACACUCCAUGUAUAUUUGUUUCUGGCAAAACAUGCUUCUCUGCAUCUUCUCCUUUGCGGCCGAAGUUUUCGUAAUAAGUGCAGAGUUGAAUCUGGUCGGCUGCCUGAGCUGCUUCCUUUUUCGUCCUUUGUUUUUCUCUUGAAUAUAAGAUGAAUUUUGUGUUUUGCCC